AUGCACCAGCAACUCCUUCGAAGCUCUUUAACUGUAUACUCCAGCAUAUUCAAGCCUCGAAUCGGCAUAUCAAGUUUCUCCAGCUACUGUCGGGUGCUACCACGCAACCUGGGCCGAAGUCGAACCCCACCACCAUACAUCGACAGGCGCGGGACGACUCUAUCAUUGACUACGGCUACUCGUCCGGUAUUAACCAUGGCUUCAGACGCUAUUCCUUCUAUUGCGAGUCUGUCGAUUCAGUCUGUUAGCUCGGAGGUGUCGAGUUAUCCCAAUUGCUACCCUGCUUUCAACCCGGUGGACAAGUACCGCGCGCAUAUCGCAGAGUUGGUCGCUGAAGCUUCAGGGCUGGAACCGGCGUUUGUCUAUACCAAAAUACUAUGGACAAAUAUGCUGGACAAAGGCGACUUGAUUCUCCCUAUAAAGGGCAAAAAGCCACAAGAAAUUGCGGCGGAUAUCGCUGCCAAAUUUCCGAAAUCCGACCUGAUUGAGCCACCAGUCGUCGUUGGUGCUCAUCUUCAGUUCUUUUACAGCCAUAGGCCUAUGACCGAAAACGUGAUCCGCUCGAUUUUGGCAAACAAAGACGCAUAUGGAAGCAAUCCAAACGUCGGUCUACGAGAUCAAAGAGAUGCGAGCAAAGGAAAGAAGAAACUCGUGGUGGAGUUCUCGUCUCCAAAUAUUGCGAAGCCUUUCCACGCCGGACAUCUUCGAAGUACCAUCAUUGGUGGAUUUAUCGCCAACCUAUACACAAUUCUAGGAUGGGAAGUUCUCAAAAUCAACUACCUUGGAGACUGGGGAAAGCAGUAUGGCCUGCUUGCCAGCGGAUACGAAAAGUAUGGCAGCGAAGAGGAGCUUCUGAAGGACCCCAUCAACCACCUGUUCGAGGUCUAUGUUAAGAUCAACCAAGAUGUAGCUGCACAGGAAGGCCCGAUAAAGGAGCUCAAGGAGCAGAUCAAGGCCAAAAAGGAGAAGAAUGAAGAUGUCACGGAGUUGGAGAAGCAGCUCGAGCCACUAGUCGAUGCAAGCUAUGAUGAGCAGGCCCGUCGAUACUUCAAGAGCAUGGAAGACGGAGAUGAGAAAGCACUUGAGCUGUGGCGGCGAUUCCGAGAUCUCAGUAUUGACAAGUACAAGCAGACAUAUGCUCGGCUGAACAUCGAUUUUGAUGUUUACUCUGGAGAGUCCCAAGUCAAGGACGAAAGCAUAAAGAAAUCCUACAAGGCCAUGGAGAACGCGGGUGUCUCGGAAAGCUCAGAAGGCGCUGUCAUCAUCGAUUUUGCAAAACACGGGGCAAAGAAGCUUGGAAAGGCCAUCGUGAUCCGAAAGGAUGGAACGCCGCUCUAUCUCACACGAGACAUUGCUGCUAUCGUUGAGCGAGACGACGAAUACCAGUUCGAUAAGAUGAUCUAUGUUGUAGCUGCUCAACAGGAGCUUCACCUUGCUCAGCUGUUCAAGACAACAGAGUUAGUUGGAAAAAAGGACCUGGCAAACCGUUGUGAGCAUAUCAGCUUCGGUAUGGUUAGGGGAAUGAGCACUCGAAAAGGAACGGUCAAGUUCCUGAACGAUAUUCUAAAGGAUGUUGGAGAAAAAAUGCACGAGGUCAUGCAAAAGAACCAAGCCAAGUAUGAGCAGAUCGAAGAUCCAGUGGCAACCGCCGAUGUUCUUGGAAUAACGUCAGUGAUGGUGCAGGAUAUGAGCGGUAAACGCCUUUUUCUUUUCUUUUCUUUUCUUUCUUUCUUUCUUUCUUUCUUUCUUUCUUUUUUUCUUUCUUUUUUUUUUUUUUUUGCCUUGUUCAUUGCCAUCUGGAGAGAAUUCAACCCAAGAAAUAGACGAAAGAUCAACGGGUAUGAGUUCAACCUAGAGAACAUGACCUCGUUCGAGGGUGACACAGGGCCAUACCUGCAAUACGCACACGCGCGUGUCUGCUCUGUGACCAGAAAGGCCGAGAUCAACCCGGAAGAGCUAGGCAGUGCAGACCUCAGUUUACUUACAGAGUCGCAUGCCGUCGACCUAGUCCGCCUACUCGCCCAGUGGCCGGACGUGGUAUUCAAUGCCUCCAAGACGCUGGAGCCUUGUACGAUACUGACAUAUUUGUUCCGAAUGACACACAUGCUGAGCUCCGGCUAUGAUGUCUUGAAGGUCGUGGGCAGCGAGCCGGAGGUGAAGAUGGCGAGAAUGGCGCUUUAUGAGUCCGCCCGUCAAGUCCUCCAUAAUGGCAUGCGGCUUCUGGGUUUGAACCCUGUCAAGCGGUGA